UCCGGAAUGGGAGAAGCUCGGUGGAUUGUGCAGUAUAUGUAAUACGUCCCUGUUCCUCUGUCGGAAAGGGCGCAGCGUGAUACUGAUUGUAGAAUAACCAAAAUCCUCCAAUGCGCAUCGCCAAGUCGAGUGAUUCCUUGAUUCGAGCCCAGUUGGAACCGCAUUGCUCCGCGCCCACGGUCCUUCCACCAAGUAACCAGUCAGCACGAAUAGGGCCGUACAUAAUCUACGCCCGUAAGCCACGCCCGUAAGCCAACCCCGGCGCUCGGCGUCAGACGCAACUGCGGAGAGGGCUGACGCAUAAAAUGAAAUGUUGCUCCCUGCGUCCGCGCAGACUACUUGGUUCUGCAUGUCACCACUUUGGCUACACAGCAUGGCCCGAAAGCAAGUUUGGUUUAUCACCGGCUGCUCCAGCGGCUUCGGGGAGCAGUUUGUGCGCCAACUCCGCGCACUAGGUGACGACGUCGUCGCAACAGGCCGCAAUGCUGAGACGAAGCUCGCCUACCUGAAGGACACGGGCGCUACGAUCCUCGACCUUGAUGUCACAGCUCCACAGGCCGAAAUCGACGCCAAGUUCCAGCAGGCAGUUGACAUCUAUGGCGGUGUCGACGUGCUCGUUAAUAAUGCCGGGUUUAUCCAGUGUGGCGCGGUUGAGGAACUCACGUUGGUGACUUGAAUACACUGAGAAUGGGCCCAUUCUAAUGAACAUGACAGACAAG